UGUCGAGGAUGCCAUCGUGACGGUGGAGAGAUGGGUGGGUUUUUAUUGUUGAUACAGCUAUGGUCAUGGGAGCACAUUCAUAUCGGCAGACCUGUCAUACUGCGAUAUCAUGGGAUAGAUGGUGGUCCUCUUGAUGAUGAUAUGGAUCAGCACGCUGUACUUGGGCCACAUCAUGUUCGUGGCGAGGAUCCUUUGGGUCGUAGAUGGCUAUUUGCUCAUGUCACGCGCACGUCAUCCGCUGCUGGAUUAGGAUACUACCGAGAUGCUUUAGAUCGCUUGUGUGAUGAUCAGAUGACGUGGAUGCCGUACACUGAUGAGAUUUUAGGGCUGUUGCCUCCUGUUGCCCGAGAGCACACUGAGAUAUGGCGAGCACGUGUGCCCUUGAUAUGUUUUGAUGUAGUGGAGCAUCACUUUCCUGAUCGCGUACUACGCCAGUUCGGGUUGCAGCAGAUUACUCCCAGACCUUGUGAUACAUCUGUGGAUUUGCACAAGAUUGAUAGACGGGGGAAGCACACUGAAGAUUGGGGGAUGCGCCAUAUUCAGUAUAUCACUAUGUGGGAUGAGAGAGCGGCGUAUAUAGUGGACAGGAUCCCAUCAUUAGUCCCCACAGCUUCUGUAGACUACAUGAGAUGGUAUUACACCAUCACACGGGUGUUUAUCUCUCCCAGUUUUCGUUUACCCACUGAUCAUUACCAGCCUAGCUCAGUCGCUCUUCAUAUGACGACACGGGCUUUGCGUAGCAUCCAUGACAGAGCGACUGCUAUACUUGAUGAGGCGGUAGAUGUACAGGGAUACCAUGACGCUUGUUCAGGCAUUGUUUCACUGUGCGCUGAUGUAUUGGGUCGAGUGGAUUAUGGAUAUAUGGCCACCUCUCAGCAUUCCACCGCAUCUACAUCCGCAGCAGGGUCUUCUCAGGCAGUCCGACGUGAUAGAGUUGUUCUUCAGCCUCGUAACCAGCGCAGGCGUCCCCGAGCACAGCCACAUGAACUUCAUGAUGAUGAUGAUCACAUUGACUUAUGAUGUUUGUAUUUAAAUUAUUGUGUGAAAGUUGUAGCAUGCACUGGCAGAUCGAAUCAUUUUGUGAAACACCAGAUUUAUUAUAACUUUUAUGGUUUAUACUCAAUUUUGUGGUGCAUUGAUU